AUGCAAAAUUCGAUUCUAAUGGUGACUAUUGGUUGUGUUAAGAUCUCGUUCUUCUCAAUGAUGAUGGUGAAGUAUUUCGGUCUCUAUGUGGUUCCAGAACUGGGAAGCGAGUCCUCUCUUAUUUCGACUUGUCCGAAGUUUCUAAUAGCACGUUUCGACUGGUUCGUGGAAUACUCUAAGGCCUUUAGGCUUCCUUUUAGGCCUUCCCUUUGCGUUUCUUUCCCUUAUCAUUUCCCUCGUCGGCAUCGUUAUUUGGAUCGUCGGGUUGUUGCUGAGUUGUAUAUGCCCGUGUUGCCUUUGCGUGACGGUGUUGGUGGAGCUGGCGCUGGAGCUGAUCAAAGCCCCAUUUCACGUCAUGGAGUGGUUUACUUCUCAAAUCCCUUGUUGAGAAUUUGGGAAUUUUCAUGA